GGGGGUGUCUUGAGCUGUUGGUCAGUUGCCGCAAUGCUUCAAAGCCUUAUUAAAAAUGUUUGGACCCCCAUGGAGCCCUACUAUACCCAGGUUUACCAGGAGAUUUGGGUAGGAAUGGGUUUGAUGAGCUUCAUCGUCUAUAAAAUCAGGAGUGCUGCUAAAAGAAGCAAAGCUUUGGAACCUUCAAGUCCUGCGCCUAUUCAUGGUCAUCAUUAGCCAGACCUACUUGGGGAAUGC